CAUAGUUACACCCUCACUGACCCACUCACCGGAUAGAUAGAAACCGAUCGCAUAAAAAAGGACUUUCUUGGUUUCCCUGCAACACUUGUUUUGUCCUCUUCUUCCUAUGGAGUAUGGGAUAACAAAGAUUCAAACAUAGACAGCAAAGUAACUUAGACAAGUUUUCUCAAAGUCCCUACUUUAACACACUUUUCUCUCUCUCUCUCUCUCUCUCUAUGAUUCUGUCCCUUGAGGAAAAAGUGACAUGAACCUUCUUGGUCGUUUACUGCUUAUGUGGGUAUUAAACACUACUUUUCUUUCGGCCAUAAUUGAUGCCAGAUCAGAGCCUGCUGUAUCAUCCGUUCCUGAGCCUGUUUUUGUUAAGGAGAGACAACCCACUUCUCAAUUUUCUCUAAAAAUGCAAGCUGAAUCUCCAGGAGUGCCAGAGGUUGGAGUAGCGCACCACCAAGAUUUGAACAAAAAAAUUCUUAUAAUGCUCAUUGUUGCUUCCACUCUUCUUGGUGGAAUUUUUCUGUUUCUAUUAUAUUUUUGGUUUUACAGAUGCAAAAACUCGAAGAACUCCAAGGAGAAAAGCGAAAAGAGCAUAGAGGCUGGAAAAGGGAUGUCUUUGAGUCCAAUUAUGGUUAGAUUUAAUUCCUUGAGGAUGGUCAAUAAGAAAAGUUCUGUAGCUAUAUUUGAUUAUCAAUCAUUGGAAGCCGCAACGAACAAUUUCCAAGAAAGUAAUGUUUUGGGUGAGGGUGGUUCUGGACGAAUCUACAAAGCUCGUUUUGAUGAAAAAUUCCUUGCAGCAGUGAAGAGAAUUGAUGGUCUCAGACAAAAUGCAGCAAGAGAAUUUGAAAAUGAGGUGAAUUGGUUGAGUAAAAUCAGGCAUCAGAAUAUUAUUAAACUUUUGGGUUACUGCAUUUAUGGCGAAUCAAGGUUUCUCAUUUAUGAAAUGAUGGAGAAAGAGUCUUUGGAAACUCAACUUCAUGGACCUACCCGAGGAUCAGCUUUAACAUGGCACCUGAGGAUGAAAAUAGCUGUUGAUGUUGCUAGAGCUUUAGAAUAUCUUCAUGAGCACUGCAAUCCUCCUGUGGUUCAUAGAGACAUAAAAUCUUCUAACAUUCUUCUGGAUUCUAAUUUCACUGCAAAGCUAUCGGAUUUUGGCCUUGCCGUAACUUCUGGCACCGAAAACAAGAACGUAAAGCUUUCAGGAACUUUGGGCUAUGCAGCACCAGAGUACCUUUUAGAUGGUAAACUAACUGAUAAAAGCGAUGUCUAUGCUUUUGGAGUUGUCCUUCUAGAACUUCUGAUGGGAAGAAAGCCAUUGGAGAAUGUUUCCCCAGCUCAAAUCCAAUCUAUUGUCACAUGGGCUAUGCCCCAGCUUACAGACAGAUCAAAGCUUCCAAACAUUGUGGAUCCUGUAAUAGAAAACACAAUGGACCUAAAGCACUUAUAUCAGGUUGCUGCGGUGGCUGUACUAUGUGUACAACCGGAGCCAAGUUACCGGCCACUGAUAACGGAUGUCCUGCACUCGCUCAUCCCUCUUGUCCCUUCUGAGCUUAGGGGGUCACUCAGAUUUACAGAACCUACCGAGCCAGCCUGCUCUGAAUCUUCCAGCUGACUGCAGAAACAUUGGUUGAGACUCUUACACAUUGCCCUGCUAGAAAGAAAGUUUUUGUUUUUGUUUUUGUUUUUGAUUUCUAUUUUUGUGAUUACAGAUGUAAAGUGUAGUAAUUUUGAGGGGAUUUUUUCAUGACAAUCUCAUAACAUUUUACUUUUAGGUUAGACAUCCUUUUCCCCCUAGUUGUACAACAGAAUUAAAAAGCAACAUUAGAAUGGAAAGAUUCUUCUGUGUGUUAAUGCU